AUGUUUGCACCAGUUGCGGAACAUGCCGGCAUGGCAGCCGUGUUCUUGCAUUGCCCUCCUGGCUACAUCUUGUACACUGGCGUAAUUGCAUUGAUACCUGUCUGGCCGUCUCCCACAACACCCCAAAUCAACACAUUUCGAUCUCAUCAAUGCAUACAUGCCCGUCCAACCUUCCCAUUUCCAUCUCAACCCAAUCCGCACCGCCAAACCAGACUAAUCUUCCCUUCCAGAAACCUCAGUGCCGACACCGGCGCCGGCAUAGGGCGCAUCACCACCUCCCUCCUCGCGCCCCUAAGCACCUCCGUCGACGUAAUCGAGCCCAUCACCAAAUUCACCGACCAACUCCGCGCGGAGCACCCAGCCCUCUUCACCUCCUCCCCACCAACCAUCUCCCGCAUCAUCAACACCGGCCUCGAAUCCUGGCACCCAGAGCCCAACCGCCACUACGACCUCGUCUGGAACCAGUGGUGCCUAGGCCACCUCACCGACGCCGCCCUGAUCGCGUACCUGCGCCGCCUCCGCCCCGCCCUCUCCCCGCGCGGCUGGGUCGUCGUCAAAGAAAACGUCACGGGCGACGGCAAACGGCGACGGUUUGUUGCUCCGAUCUCAAACGCAAGUGAGGACACCACCACCUCAGAACUGGGCGGCCACGACGAUGACAUCGCGCACGAAAUCCCCCUGCAGCUCGGCGAUGAAGACCAGUACGACGACGAGGACAGCAGCGUGACGCGCAGCGCCGGAAAAUUCGAGUACUGCUUCGCGCAGGCGGGCUGGCGGGUCGUGCGCACCGAGGUCCAGCGCGGGUUCGGGAAGGAGCUGGGCUUGUUUCCCGUGCGGAUGUGGGGGUUGCAGCCGCUGGAGGAGGGCGGUGAUGAUGGUGAUGUUUAG